AUGGCCUCGCCAUUUCGCGAGGGGCUUGUUCAAGGCUCCCUGACAAUACCCUUGGCCAUUCUAGCUACCACGUGGCUCCUAUAUCUGGUGUCGCUUGCUGUGAAUCGGUUGUAUCUGUCGCCACUCGCCAAAUUUCCCGGACCAAAAGGUGCCGCUUUAUCACGAUGGUACGAAUUCUACUACGAGGUCGUCUUAAAAGGCCAAUACUCGCAGAGGAUAGAUGAGAUGCAUCGGCAAUAUGGCCCGGUUGUUCGAGUCGCUCCAGACGAGCUCCAUAUCAAGGACAGUGAUUUUUUCGAUGAGUUAUAUGUCAAAGUCCCGCUAGUUAAUAAGCACGACUGGGCGGCUGGGAGGUUUGGGAACCACGGCUCCAUCAUAACCACUGCAGACUUUGCUCUACAUCGUCGUCGCCGCGUGGCGCUCAACCCGUUCUUCUCAAAACGGUCAAUUGUGGAUUUCCAACCAGUGAUUCGGCAGAAGAUUGAGCUGCUAAGCAAAAAGCUACGCGAGUAUAAGGCGAAGGACAACCCCGUGGUCCUAAGUGAGGCAUUUCCAGCCUUUGCGGGCGACAUAAUCACAGAAUACUCGUUUGGAAUAUGCUAUAAUCACCUGGAUUCUCCGGACUUUUCAGAAUCUUUCCACGCCGCGUUCAUGGCUGUGGGCGGGUUUGGACAUGUCGCAGUCCAGUUUCCUUGGUUCCACCCGCUCUUGAAUUCUCUCCCACAUGGCUUUGUUCGAAAGAUGCAGCCAGCCCUAGGGAGCUUACUGCAGCUGCAAAUUGAUCUGCGAAAUAUGAUCAAACGACUUACUCAAGGGGAUGAACUGGGUGAGGAUAAGUCUUCUCAUCGCACCAUUUUCCACGAUUUGCUUCAGAGUUCUCUCCCGCCCGAGGACAAGACAAAUCGCCGCAUGGCAGACCAAGCCCAGACGGUCAUCGGAGGCGGCCUCGAGACGACUGCCUGGGCACUGAGCGUGGCGUCAUUCCACAUCGUGAACAGCCCCGAGAUUUACAAGCGACUACACGAGGAGAUUGCCCAAGUGAUGCCUAACGCAUCUUCCAUUCCUGAUCUGCUGGAGGUCGAAAAGCUGCCAUACCUGCGAGCCUGUGUCAUGGAGGCCGUCCGUCUUUCAUAUGGCAUUUCUGCGCGGAAUCCUCGUGUGCUCAAGCAGCCGCUUCAGUACAAGCAGUGGACCAUACCCCUGCGCACAGUCGUUGGGAUGUCAAUUAACGAUGGCUUGGGGAAUCCCAAAGCGCCAAACGGGUCUCCGCUUGAUCGCUACUUUGUCGGUUUCGGAAAAGGGAGCAGGAGCUGUCUCGGGAUAAACUUGGCGUACGCCGAACUGUUUCUUCUCGUGGCGACGCUUUUCCGGCGAUUCCGGUUCGAACUGUUCGAGACCGACAAGUCGGACGUUGAAUUGAAGCAUGAUUUCUUCCUCCCCAGCCCAAAGUUGGAUUCAAAGGGCGUGAGAGUCAAGGUUGUCGAGAUCUACGAAUGA